UGUCCCUGUCCCCACCUUUGGCCUGUGUGGACAUGACGACUGCCUGGAGCUGCUUCAGCCAUGCGUCAGCGAUAUAUUCUUCAGCUUCAGCAGGCGGGCCCUCCGACUGCCGCAGUAUAAGAGAACGUGCCAAGUUGAAUGUGGUGUGGGGUCCUGUGAGUGCCAUCUCCAUGCCAACUGCCUGGUGCCACCUUGGCCUGUGCCAGUAGCAUGUUCCUCUGGCUUGAUGAGUGCUGGCCCUUUUGGUGGCCGGCCCUUGUUGGACCAGUGUCCACAGUGACUGCUUUUGGUUGGCUUGUGUGGGUAUUGUGACAACCCGCCAGGUAAAUUGAGCGGUCCUGUGGGGGCAGUUUCAAAGUUGGCUGUCUGGUGCUGCUCUUGUCCGGUAGCAUGUACUGUACUUCUGGCUUGGCUUGCGAAGGCCCUCCAGGUUUGCCACAGGGUCAGCUCUGGGCUGCCUUCCCAGCAUUUUGUUCUGGCCGGGCUUCCCUGUUGUUGAGCUUGAGUUGGUGAUGAGCCCGCCACGGUGCACUGGUUCCAUCUCCACGGGGUGCCCCCUUCGGGCCGGGAUCCAUGAUGUCUGCCUUCAUGUGCGGGACAGCCUCAGUCUGCUCGCUUAAGCUAACAGACGAGAUAGGUCAGGGCACUGAAUACUGUGUUGACACCAGGAGUGUGUCCGUCUUGUGCUCUAGCUAGGUUCCCCCAUUAUUUGGUGUGGGUUGGUGGUGAGCCCUGCCCCACUCGCUUCGGUCCAUCUCCACAGGUCACCCUCUUUGGGCUGGGAUUUGUAUUGUCUGACUUGGGUCAACCUUCAUGUGCGGGGCGGCAUCAGUCUGUCUGCUUAUUCCUGCACUCUGCUGCCAUGGUUUCUGUUGGUCACUGCACCCCUGGCCAGUGUGUUGAGGACUGGGACCGUUUGAACAUCCCAGACUGUGUACGGUUGUGUGACCACCUGGGGUUGGGUUGCCUAGUCUCCUUGUGGUGUGUGUUAAAAUUUCCCCAUCAUGAGAUUAAUAAGAUAAGAUAAGAUAGACCUUUAUUCGUCCCACAAUGGGGAAAUUUCCACAUUGCAGCAGCAGUACAAAAAAAGAGCAGGAUCAAAAAUAAAAUAUGUACAAUUUAAGUAAAAUAAAAAAUGUAUUGUGUAUAUAGACACACAUGCAUAUGUGAUGGGUAAUUCCGCCAUGGAUUGAUCGGAUAUUGCACAGGGUAAAAGUUUGCCCAAACAUUUGGAUGGUGACUACAGUAUAAGUUGACAAUUGUAGCAACAAUUACAAUAACAGUAAUUUACUAGGAGCAGUUUAGGUUGUAAAGUCUAACAGCAGCCGGUAGAAACAACCUACGGUGUCGCUCCUUCAGACACUUAGGAUGUAUCAGUCUGUCAGUGAAGAAGCUGCAUAGUGAUGACACCGUUUCAUAAAGUGGGUGGGCAUCGUUCUCCAUCAUGGAUGAUAGCUUAGCUACCAUUCUCCUAUCUCCCACCUCCUGCACUGAAUCAUGAGGCAGUCCUAGAACGGAGCUGGCCUUCUUGACCAGCUUCUCCAGUCGCCUCCUGUCUGCUGCUGAGAUGCUGCUGCACCAGCAGACCACUCCAUAAAAGAUGGGUGAUGCCACAACAGAGUCAUAGAAGGUCUUUAGGAGUGGUCCCUGGACUCCAAAAAGGCCUCAGUCUCCUCAACAGAUCUGCUUUUCUCUGCUCUGUCCUUUUUUAAACAGUGCGUCUGUAUUGUGUGACCAGUGCAGUUUAUUGUUGAGGUGAACACCCAAGUACUUGUAGGAUUCCACUCUCUUAUGUCCUUUCCCUGGAUGUUCACCGGUGUUAGUGCAGUGUGUGUGUGCCUACAAAGUCUACCACCAGCUCCUUGGUUUUCCCUGCAUUAAUCUGGAGGUAGUUCCACUGGCACCAGUCCACAAAGUUCUGAAUCAGUUCUCUGUACUCUCUGUCAUUGUCAUUUGUAAUCAAGCCGACAAUGGCAGAGUCAUCUGAGAACUUCUGCAGAUGACAGGAUGCUGAGCUGGACAUGAAGUCUGCGGAGUAGACAGUAACCAGAAACUAAGCCAGAACUGUUCCCUGUGGGGCUCCUGUGUUGCAAACGGCCAUGUCAGACUCACAGUGGUGAGCCCCCACAUACUGCAGUCGGUUUGAAAGGUAGUCCAGCAUCCAUGCAGAGUGAAGAGACUAUCUCUCUGUCUUUAGUCUACACAGAGACUGGUUCUGAUCGAACUUCACGCCUCCGGAAGGGCUAUUUAGCCUCAGGAGGAGGCGGGACCGGUGACAUCAUUGUGUCUUAAACCUGUAUUCAUGCGCCCUGACCGUGGGAGGUCUAGUUCCUGUUAGUGAUGUGUCAUGACACAUGCUGUUGCAAAUACCGGUCCCAUCCAAAUGCAAUAGAGUACUAAAUCAAUACCGGUAUACCAUGCCACUCUAGAGCAUACACUUCCAAGAAGCCCAUAUUAUAGAGGGACAUAAAACAAAUUUGCAUAUCAUGUGCUUCUUACUGUAGUUGUGUAACUGGUCUUUCAUUAGUGAAUUACAGAAGAAAAAAAUGUAAUAUUCCUUUAUAACAAAAUAUGAAUAGAUUUACAAAUAAAAUGUUAAAAAUAUUAUAUUUAUUAAAGCAUAUUCUAGACAACAAGAACCCUUUGCUUGGAGGCAUUAACAGCUAUUUUGAAUAGUGGGGUAAAGAAUGCUAGGAAAAAUGUCCCAUCAAUUAUUAGUUUAUUUUAUUUAAAAAAUAGAAGGUUACUCCUAUUCAAAGCACAGUGGUCAACCCCUGCGUCUUUAGGAUGCUGGUUUUACAAGCUUGUUGUUGUAAAACCCCAUGACAGAGAAGGAAUUGUGCGUUUGUUUCAUUCAGCUCAGAGUGUGGACAAAUUUUACAAUAAGCUGUUUAAAGCAAGUAAACAGCAUCAUCAGUCGUUGAACGUUACAACAAAAUGCUGAAACAUAAAUUGUAUUUAUACUUUACAGGGAAAAACACCCUCAUAUAUGUUACAAUAAUAGUUAUCACAGCAGCAUCAAGAUGGCACCCGCUCAAGUAACGUCUAAAAACAGUUUAGAAGUUUUCCAAAACCUGUACGAUUCGUUCUCACUGUGCCAUACAAACAUGUUAAAAAUUUAUUUUCCGGGGAGAAUCUUCAAACUAAGAGGGGCGUUUGAAAAGAAAUAUACACAGGGUAAACAAAUGAGAUUUUUAAAAUAAGCGAGUGUGUACCAAGGAUCCCACCAGUGUAUACGAUUUAGGAUUAUGACUACGAUUACGCGAGCCAGUAGAGGGCUCCUUUUUAUGAGGCAGAAUUACAGAAACUGGAGGUUUCUGCAGACAAAGCUUUUCAGUUUAAAAAGAUUCUGCUGCGGCUUAAGAUAGGAGGUGUCCCGCACAUUUUAGUCAAGUGGAGAAACUGGCGAAGGAAUUUUAACAGUUAUGUCAGAGCCUCAGACAGACAAGCCCUGCGAGAAUAUGGAGAACGCCGGUUUCUAUAUAACUCUUCCAACCAACCAACGCUAGUAUGAACACCUUCAAAGAUAAUACUACCUCACAGAUUUGGCAUAUAGAUUUAAAUGGGCAUUGGGAGGUUGCCUUAACAGACUUAACAGACUCUAUUCUAGGCAAACUGAAUGAAUGUUUUGACUGUUUGACUGAAACUAGAUGCCAGAUUAGUCUACAGCCAACAUGAGGUUAUCACUGUAUUAUCUGGCAUUAUCUGUCGUAUCAUCUGGCAUUAUUUGUCGUCAAAUUAUAUGGAGAGUAUAUACAUUGAAAUUAAGACAGAUCACAAUAUGCCAGUAGAUGGAUGGACAGGAUGUCAUCUAAAAGAUCAACCACUGUGCUUCAAUAGACAAGAACUUCUUCUACUUCCGCCUCUCGAGUAGUGCAGAUGUGUUUUCUCUCUGUUCCCACUUUACGUCUCUGCUCUCUCCAAGCUUUCCUCCUGCUUCGUCCACGCUGCUCACUCACAUGCUAGCUGAUGGGCUAUUCUAGAAUAACAAUUUUUGAACAUGGGGCUAAUCAACUGGUCACUCAGCGCAUUGGACAAAAUUUUCUCACAAAGAAAAGAAUCACUGGGAAAGCCACUCUACCCCUCGGGGACUCUUGCCUCUGGUUACAUGCGAGACGCUUGGAAUUCCUGGUGCCCCAUGUGUCUGGAGCCAACUGUCCAUCAAGGAUGCAGGGGGAUGUAUUUAUAUUUUGGACUUUGAUAACAGGGCUACUCAUGAUUGGCACUGCUUUAUCGUAACGGGACGAUUGAACUAUUAAUCUGGACAAAUUAGUCAUGGAUCAUUAAAAAUGUUAUUCUGUCCCUUCUCCCUCACCCCUCCAAUCUAGCUCACCAGCUGUGCCUCUAUUUUCAUUCUGUUAUUGUGUUAUUGUGCCUCCCUUCAAGGACAACUGUAGUGGUGCCUGGGCAGUAUGUGGUGCCUGGACAGUAGUACUGUGGGCCCCAGGUCUCGUCGAUCUCUUCCUGGCUGGGGAUUGUGGGAGGCACUGGGAUGGGUAGCAGAGCUAGUCGGGAACCUGGCUCUGCGGACCCUGGUGCCUUGCUUCCCAACUACAUCUCUCACAUUCAUCCACUUAGCUCUGUGAGGGUCGUCCUGCUGAUGGAGGGACCGGGGCUACUGAAAAGUGGUUUCGUCCCUCCUAAGUGGGAUGUUCUGCAGUUUUAAUUGCAUUAGUCAUACACACUCAUCCAGGGCUCCCCCUGGGGGGUGACCAGAGACUUUAAUUUGAUGGCUCUGUCUGCUGGAACUGGCGAUCUCUCAAAGUUCCUCAUACUUAGCCACAUACAUUUAGGGCUGGGGGUGGGCUCUUACACUGGGGCCUGGGGAAGAGUGCCUGAGUGUGCAUGGGUUCACAUAUGUUUGACUGGUUUGUUGUGAGAGAGUCUGUGGUAGUGUGUGUUAAUGUACGUGUGUGUGUGUGUGUGUGUGUGUGUGUGUGUGUGUGUGUGUGUGUGUGUGUGUGUCUGUGUCUGUGUCUGUGUGAGAGUGUAUGCGUGUGGUGCGGUUGGUUUGUUGGGGGUCCCGUUUUCCGCCCGGGGUACGUAGAUCCGCUGCCUGGGUGGUCUCUUUUCUGCUGACCCCCACCAAUUGCUGGCCUUGUGCUGCGGGCCCGAUGUGGUGCCAGGGGAUAUGGUCGGGCCGAUGGGGUAGGCCGCACUCCGCUCAUGUGGGGGUGGAGGACUGGGGGUGGGCCCCACUCUGGGCACAGGGGCAUCUCCCAACGGGCUCCCUAAGGACCGUGGGGGGAGUGUUUGCCCCUGGUUCUCAUGGGGCGGACAGCGUUGACCCACGGUGGCCCACUCUGACCUUGGGUGCUGUCUCUGUGGCUGCUGUAACUCUUCCUGGGGGGUUCUGUGUGGGCUCCCUGGCUGCUAGGAUUCUCUCCUCCGCUCGUUGGCUUAGUCUAGCCACCAAGCUUCUCCCAUCACCCUGGCUUUAUAAAGUGGCAUUGUUGCAGAUGCAGAUACACCCCCCCCCCCCCACGCACACACACACACACACACAUUACAGUCCGAACUUAUCUAUCUGUCCUGAUGUACACAAGAAAAAAAUCCAGCAAGGUCUCCACUUGUACUGUGUGUAUGCGUGUGUUUCUGUACUGUAUUGUUUUGUACUGCAACUUGAUUCCACUGUCAGCGGGGACGUGGCGCCGCAGAUGGCUGCCUGGGUGUGCCAACACCAAGACAAGUUCCUAGUUCUGUAAAGUGCACUCUACAGGACCUGGCAAUAAAGCUCCUUCUGAUUCUGAUUUAAGGGUGGCUACACUUUGGUUGCCAUCAAUUUAGCACCUGGUAAAGAGGGGGCUGUACCCUGUCAAAUCAGGCUCUCUAAGGCUUAGAUUCAGGCUUCCUUUACGUCAGACUAUGACGCUUAUUGUUUACGCCUGUUUGAUUCUUGAAAUUGAUGCAAAGCGCAACAUUUUGGUUCAUUACUAUUGAAGAGAGAGAAAAUUAACAGGGUUCAGCUAAAGUACAUGAGUUGCCUUAACAAGUUAUGGACCUGCCUACUUUAUUGUAAACACACACCCGACACUUGCCUGGUGAACACUGGCUGGCUCUGACGCUUGAAAAGAACGGGACCGCUACUUUUUUUGAUACAUUUGGAUUUUCAUCCAAUUUUAGUUAUUACCAACGGCCCACUUUAAACUUCCUGCAGAGAAGAUAUUAUAAUAUAUAUUAGUGAUGCUUACAGCAUCCACUGUAUUGGAAUGGCCUGAUGGUCAUUUUUGUUCUUCCAUACGUUUUUCAGUAAUUAACUAUUCCCGCGUAUUUCAGUUACAGGUACAAUUGAACUAUCAAAAAACAAAUUUUAAGGAGAGCAAAAUUCUCCCAUUGAAAUAAAUGGAAAACCAUUUUCAAAUCCUCUUUAGCUUUGUCUAACUUUAGACUUUUUUUAUCUUUAACUACUUCACUACUAAUACUACUACAUACUCUAAGCUACGGACACCAUUUAAACUACAAAAUAAUCUUCAACUAUUUGACUACUAAUCUCUUGUUCAGCUUUUAAAUAUCUUAAAUAGUUUCUGAGUUAUAGCAGUUUAGGGGUAGGGUGGUUUUUGAGGAAUUUUCAGCUUUUCUAUUAGUCUGUAGCUGUAGUGCAAAGAGUUCCAUAAUUUCUCCUAUACACUGCAAUACAAAUGUUUUGCUGACUUCUGCGGAGAAUCACAGAAAGACAGGCAUUGGUAAACCCGACCGUGGCCACAAUUUUCACUCUAAACAUAAGACUUACACCACAUGCUCAUUGAAGCCUUGGGAUUCAUAAAGUUAAGUUGUUUUUGUAAUAACCCUUAUGGUUUUGCUGUAACAAGUCUGUUAAGCAGGGGUAGAAAUCUGCUUCACUACUUAUGAAGACUGAAAUAGCUGAAAAUAGCAACACCUUUACUUUCAACUAGUUUAUUAUUACUAGAUAAUAAGACUAUUUUACUGUUUUAGCUUUAUUAGUCAUUUUUAUACCUCUGGCUGGAUAAUGACUGCUAAUUAGAGUAUUAAGACUAUUUUACAGUUUAGCAAAUGCCCAGACCUUCUCCAAAUACACCUUCUCUAAUUUCAAAUCAUAAAUGUAAAACUUUUAACUUUAACCUUUACAGCAAUGUGUCUGGAUUUGAGUGGUUAAAUAUAUAAAUUCAUAGUUUAGUAAUUUCCCACACACACUUCCUCAAAAUUCAAAUUCUUUUAAAAAUCACCAAUCAAAAUCUUUAGCUUCAAUGGCACUAUUUCUGCUUCUUACUGGUCAUUUAUUAUUAACUAAUAAGACUGUUCUACUCUUUAGCAAUUAUUUGCAGAGGUUUCCUUUAAAAUGUCCCAACUUUUCUCUACUUCCUUUGCAACUGCUUUCAUCUGUAAAACUAUUUAUUCAGCUAUUUAGCUGCUUAAUACAUUAAGUAUAUUUCAUAAAAUUAAGCAAACCUUUACACACUUCCUUCAUUAUCAGCAGUUGUUCAAUUUCAGCAAAUUUUUUUCAAGUUUCCUCAAUCUGAAAUCAAACUGCUUCAGCUUUUUCUGCAACUAUAGCAGAAGAAGCUGUUUAAACAACUCCUAAUUCUCUUCAGAUACAUUCAUCUAUGCUUCACAUGCUUUGACUGCUUUCAGCUAUGUUAUAAAUGCAACAGUUGUUCAGCAAUACAUACCGCAUGGAAUCAUUCACUGUGCCGAUCUUCUGGAAAUGCUUUUUCUAGUUGGUAUAGUAUAUUAAUAUUAUCGUUUUUCUGAACACUUUUCUGCACUUAACUAGUCCUGCAUCGACUAGCAGACUUUUUCAUAUUUUUCCAACUAUUAAAGAUCCCUGCACAUGCAAAAUUCACAGUUUGGACAUGUUGGUACAUUUAUAUGACUCCCUGGUUCAUGUUAAGACACCCCUGGUGUGUUAGAAGUGCACUCAGAUUUACACUCACAUUUUGUGAGUUUAUCCAAUCCAGUUUAAGAACUAUCGGUUUCAAAUUUCCUGGACUGUGUACAUCUGCAGUCUUUUAACCACUCACAGAACCAGCUUUGGCCAUGCCCAGACAAAUCUGGACCCCUAAAUGUACCUGCAACAUUGCGUUUCAGUCACUCGCUGUGCACUGUAGCAUAGUUCAGUUGGUUGCUACCCGCCAUUUAAAAGUCAAAAAAGAAGUCACUCACUGUGACAUGAACUGAAAUGUGGCCAUUGGGGUUCAGAAAGUGCACCGUUGUUGGUUGUUCCAACCAGCACUGCAGCCUUUUCAUUUUACCAGCAGAGAAAGAAAGGAGAAAUUUAUCUAUUCAUUUUCUUGUAAAUGGACCGGUGCCGGCACCGCUGCCUAAAUAAACGCUUGUUCUGUGUGGACAUCAUUUCACCUCCCACUGCUUUGAAAACGAGGGUAUAUUUUUUUUUUACUGGGCUUGAGGUUGAAGAACGGCUCUGUUCCUACAAGACGUGGUCCACUUGCUGCUUCCCCAAACGUAAGUACAUGCUUGAUACUUGUUUGAUGUAUGUGCUCCAGAGGUUUCUUUGUUUAUAAUCUAGCUUCCCUCCUGUGUAAGGAAUGCUAAUGGCUAGAACAGUUGAUGCUAACAGCGACAGAAAGAGGCAGUGUUGCAAGGUGCUGCCACACAAUUUGGAUGAUUCCAAGCCUCUCCAGCAUUCGUCCAGUUUGAAUCGUGUGAUAUAUGGUACUGAGGUCAUUCACUCAGCUCACAUUUUACCUGCUAGCGCCCUGUUAGCUGCUAGCGCGAUGGUAGCGCAGCGUUAGCCACUAGCCCUCCACAUAACUUUCAGUACAUCUUGAGUUUGGCUGCAUUAGUAAGUUGUGAGAGUCAGCUGUGUUUCUAAUUACUACCGAGCCUGUCGUGUGUACGUCGUAGCCCAAGUAGACCUGUGAAUUUGGGUUAUGGCAAGUUCUGUUAAAGUCUAACAUGUAUGCUGUCUUGCUGUCUUCUCACACGUGUUGCUUAUCCAGUCAGCUACUGUAGCUGUAAAUGUGACAUAGUUUUUUUAAUACAGACUGGCGCAUCCAAGCUACCAAAAUGCAAGGAUGUUGCUUCUCAAAAGUAACACACCUCUACAGGCUGUGGACACACGGUACCUUGUAGAACAAGGUUGCUCACCUCAGUAACAAAGGUAUGUCUGUUUAACAGCCGUAUGAUAAUUUGUUGGCCAAUAGGCAGUUUUAUUUGACAGAGAUUUGGGAUUUCACAUUUCAGAAGUUGUAGUAUUCAUAAUCAGAUCUAUAUUAUUGUCUAUAUAUUUACUCUGUAUGCAGUUGGUCAACUUAUUUUGAUAUUUUAGUCUGCUCAUGGGUAAUUUGUAGUUCUGUGUUAUGGUGCAGAUUAUGUGAAAAAUGUGAUGGAGACCAUCUUCAAUAAAGUCCUGCUGGACCCACGUCGUUAUAUGGAGGACCUUGUGAACAUCCCUGUCCCUCUGAGCAGAAUUUAAGCAACCUGACACAAAGGAGGUCAUUAAUGCCAUGCCAAGAUAUAACAAACCAGCCCUAUAAAAGCUAAAUUUAAAACGUGUUUGCUCCAAACACCAUUUGUCACAGUCUAGAUCAUUUAGUCACUGUAAUUACUCAUUUCCGGUUUUAUUUUGUCACCACUUCCUGUCGCAGUCAUUGUUAGUUUCAGUCAGCCUUGCUCCCGGUUCUAAUCUACUCACCUGUCUGUCAUUUAGUCAUCACCAUUUAGUAUUUAAGCACCACCUCUAAGCCCAGCACCUUGCCAGAUUGUCUUUUGUGUCCUUGCUAGCAAUCCAGCGUUAACUCACAUGUUGUCUCGUUACCAAUCCUGUUUUCCUGACCCUGCUUUCCGCCUCACCUGUGAUACCGCCUUGCCGUAAGUCCAACCGAAGCCUGUCUUUUGACCACCGUUUGCCAGAUCCUUGCCUGUACUGAAACCCGCCGUCUUUGUGUACCGACCCUUGCCUGCCUGACCACGAGCUCGAAUAAACCCUGUUGUUCACUGAGCCUUGUCUCCGCUGUGCGUGUGGGUCCGCUACCUAGAGCGCCGUGACAGUACAAUCUGGCCAGACUCGGACCCAGCCGGCGUCUUGCAUCUGUUUAAGGUCUGCAAGGGAUUUUUUGUUAUUGUGUACUUGGACAACGCCGAGUCGCGAUGGUGUUUUCCUGCGCGAGGCUGCCGGAGGACCUCCGCUGGUGCUUCGGGGAGCUCGCGAGGAAUUACGCGGAAGCCCCCAGUCUGAAGGUGCGGCUCCGCGUCAUAAAGCAAGCUAUUGCUAUCCUGGAGGAGGAAUUCUGGUGGCUUGACUACCCGGAGGUGCAGACGCUUUUUGAGAGGCUCCAGGCAGUGCGGAAGGAUUUGGCCCGCGCUCUGCGCGCGGCGCCCGCGAGCGUCUCAUCAGCUGUUCCUGCUGCACCGGAAAGCGCUCCCGUCGUCGCUCAGUCAAGCCAAGCUCACGUUCCUGUCAUCGUUCAGUCAAGCCAAGCUCACGUUCCUGUCGCUGCUCAGUCGAACCAAGCUCACGUUCCUGUCGCUGCUCAGUCGAACCCAGCUCACGUUCCUGUCACUGCUCAGUCGAACCCAGCUCACGUUCCUGUCGCUACUCAGUCGAACCAAGCUCACGUUCCUGUCACUGCUCAGUCGAACCAAGCUCACGUUCCUGUCGCUACUCAGUCGAACCAAGCUCACGUUCCUGUCGCUGCUCAGUCGAACCCAGCUCACGUUCCUGUCGCGGCUCAGUCGAGUCAAGCUCACUCCCCUGUUGCCACUCAGGCAGAUCCAGUCCCUGCUCCAGACGCCGCUCAGGCAGAUCCAGCUCCCGUUCCAGACACCAGCUCAUCGGCCCAAGUCCAUGCCCACGCUACCGUCAUAGUUCCCCAGUCCCAUCCAGUCCGUACCGUGGUCCCGGCUCCUGCUUCAGCCCUGGGUUUCAUUGAACCCCCGUCAGAGCCUGCACCCGUUCCUGCAUCAGAGCCUGCACCCGUUCCUGCAUCAGAGCCUGCACCCGUUCCGGCAUCAGAGCCUGCACCCUUUCCUGCAUCAGAGCCUGCACCCGCUCCGGCGUCUAAGCCUGCACCCCUGGCCCCAGCAUCUCUGGCUGCAUCCCUGGCCCCAGCGUCUCUGGCUGCAUCACUGGCCCCAGCGUCUCUGGCUGCAUCGCUGGCCCCAGCGUCCCUGGCUGCAUCACUGGCCCCAGCGUCCCUGGCUGCAUCACUGGCCCCAGCGUCCCUGGCUGCAUCACUGGCUGCAGCAACUCCCGCCCUAGCCUCACCUCAGCCAUGCCAAGCUCCAGCUCCAGCUCACGCCUCACCUCAGCCAUGCCAAGCUCAAGCCUCAGCUCACGCCUCACCUCAGUCAUGCCAAGCUCAAGCCUCAGCUCAGCCUGCAGCAGCUCAAGCCUCAGCCCAGCCUGCAGCAGCUCAAGCCUCAGCCCAGCCUGCAGCAGCUCAAGCCUCAGCUCAGCCUGCUCAAGCUCAAGCCUCAGCUCAGCCUGCUCAAGCUCAAGCCUCGGCUCCGCCACGCCAAGUUCAAGCUCCAUCUUUACGCCAGCUAGCAGGCACCCCUGGCCAGCCACACCAGGCCUCAGUUCCUGUUCCUGUCGGCCAUAUUGAGGCCGUUCCUGUUCCUGUCGGCCAUGUUGAGGCCGUUCCUGUUCCUGUCGGCCAUGUUGAGGCCGUUCCUGUUCCUGUCGGCCAUGUUGAGGCCGUUCCUGUCCCUGUCGGCCAUGUUGCGGCCGUUCCAGUCCCUGUCGGCCAUGUUGAGGCCGUUCCUGUCCCUGUCGGCCAUGUUGCGGCCGUUCCAGUCCCUGUCGGCCAUGUAGAGGUCGUUCCAGUCCCUGUCGGCCAUGUAGGGGUCGUUCCAGUCCCUGUCGGCCAAGUAGAGGUCGUUCCAGUCCCUGUCGGCCAAGUAGAGGUCGUUCCAGUCCCUGACGGCCAAGUAGAGGUCGUUCCAGUCCCUGUCGGCUCCUCUGAGGAGGACGCCGUUCUAGUUCCUGCCACUGUCGGCUCCUCGGAGGAGGCCGCAGUUCUAGUUCUUGCCACUGUCGGCUCCUCGGGGGCCGCAGUUCUAGUUCCUGCCACUGUCGGCUCCUCGGAGGCCGCAGUUCCCGACGAUCCCCAGGUGGGGUUCGCUCCCGCCGCAGCACCUGUUGCAGCCCCUGCCGGCCUCCCGGAGGAGGUCGGUCCAGCUCUGUCUCCUGCCGACCUCCCGGAGGAGGUCGGUCCAGCUCCGUCUCCUGCCGACCUCCCGGAGGAGGUCGGUCCAGCUCCGUCUCCUGCCGACCUUCCGGAGGAGGUCGGUCCAGCUCUGUCUCCUGCCGACCUUCCGGAGGAGGUCGGUCCAGCUCUGUCUUCUGCCAUCCCCCCGGAGGAGGUGGUCGGUCCGCUCCUGGUCCCUGUGUUUUUUAAGCCAAUGUGUGCAGGUGCAGCUCCUGGUGGUCCAGCGCCGGCCACAUUUGCAGCGAUCCCGGUUGAUCUGGCACCGAUCGCAUCUGCCUCAGCUCCGGGCGGUCCGGUCCCGGCCACGCUCGUCUCAGCUCCUGGUGGUCCGGUCCCGGCCACGCUCGUCUCUGCUCCGGGCGGUCCGGUCCCGGCCACGCUCGUCUCAGCUCCUGGUGGUCCGGUCCCGGCCACGCUCGUCUCAGCUCCUGGUGGUCCGGUCCCGGCCACGCUCGUCUCUGCUCCUGGUGGUCCGGCCCCGGCCACGCUCGUCUCUGCUCCUGGUGGUCCGGUCCCGGACACGUUCGCCUCAGCUCCUGGUGGUCCGGUCCCGGACACGUUCGCCUCAGCUUCUGGUGGUCCGGUCCCGGACACGCUCGCCUCAGCUCCUGGUGGUCCGGUCCCGGACACGUCUGUCUCCGCUCCUGGAGGCCCGGUGCCGGCCACGUCUGCAUCAGUUCCUGGUGGUCCGGCUCCGGCCACGUCUCCACGUCUGUCUUCGCCUCUGGUCCCAGCCUCGUCUCCACGUCGGUCCUCGGUUCCUGGUGGCCCGGCUCCGGCCAUGUCUCCACGUCUGUCCUCGUCUCAGGGCGACUCUUUGCGGACCAACAUCCAACUGGACUUUGGGGAUGGCACAGCGGUGUCGUACUCCAACCUGAGCUGGACUGAGGAAGGGAUCAAGCAUGUGUAUAAAUCUGCAGGAAUCUUCCGUGUCACCGCCCUUGCGGAAAACCCACUGGGUUAUGAGACCACAACACUCUUCCUGCAUGUCACAUGUCCACUGGAACAUGUUCAGCUUGUUGCUCCGUUUGUGGUCAUAAAAAACAAGGAAGUGAACAUAACAGCAGUGGUUCUGCCCAGCCACACUCGCACUGUCACCUAUUUCUGGUGGCUUGGCAACAAUAGUGAGCCGGUAAUAACCCUGGAUGGAAGCAUCUCAUACACAUUCUCUAGUGAAGGAAUGCACACCCUAACGGUCCAGGUGGCUGCAGCCAACACUAUACUGCAGGAUACCAAGACUAUAGCAGUCAAAGAAUUCUUCAAAUCUCUACUUUUAUCUUUCUCCCCUAAUCUGGAGGAGUUCAACCCCGACAUACCCGAGUGGAGAAGGGAUGUGGGGAGAGUAAUUAAGAAGGCUCUGCUCCAAGACCCGAUCUGUACAGCAGGCGGUGCUAAUAGACUCUGGUGCAGACGCCAGCUUGAUGGACGCAGGUUUGGUCGAGCAGAUGGGCAUUCCUACAGCAACUCUAGCAUUCCCAGUGGAGACGGCGGCACUGGAUGGCCGCCGAUAGUAGAGAGUCACACAGAUCCUGUACGCAUGACAUUUGCAGAUGGACACUCUGAAAAAAUAACAUUUCUAGUGGUAGAAUCUUCUGACCACUCUGUCGUCUUAGGACACACCUGGCUGAGGCGACACAAUCCCACAUUGAAUUGGAGGAGUGGAGAGGUACGUGAGUAGGAUCCAGACUGCCGGAACACCUGCUUCCAGACUACGGCCAAGCCGGAGGGACUACGGAUGGUGGCGCCCAUGGAAAGAGGGUUGGAGGAGGCAGAUCAGACCGGCGUCCCCAGGAUCUCCGUCUGGUGUUUAUCAAGGCUAAGGCCACAUCACUCCCACCGCACAGAAAACACGAUUGUGCUAUAAACCUGAGGCCGGGUGCGGCACCUCCCAAGGGGAGACUGUUCCAGCUCUCACCUAAGGAACAAGUGGCAAUGAAAGAGUAUUUGGACUCAGCGCUCACGUCUGGGAUCAUACGACCAUCCUCAUUGCCCGCCGGAGCGGGGUUCUUCUUCGUUGGUAAAAAGGAUGGGUUGUUACGACCAUGUAUUGAUUAUCAUGGGCUGAACGAAAUAACCAUUUGGGACUCUUAUCCCUUAUUGUCUUCAUCCGCGUUUGAACUGCUUUCAGGAGCUGCCUGUUUCACCAAACUGAACUUUCGGAAUGCGUACCAUCUGAUGACCUGUGAUCAUGAUGGUGGUAGACCGGUUCUCUAAAUUUGUUAAUUUUAUCCCACUUCCCAAGUUGCCCUCCGCUAAGCAGACUGCACAGGCCAUGUUUUCCAGCUCCAAGGAUUUCCUUGGGACAUAGUCUCCGACCGGGGUCCCCAGUUUGUCUCUCGCUUUUGGCGGGAGUUCUGUUCAUUGGUUGGAGCGGAGGUCAUCUUAUCAUCGGGGUACCACCCCGAGUCUAACGGCCAUACCGAGAGGGCCAACCAGCAGUUGGAGGUGGGCCUACGACUCCUCGCCUCCAAAAGCCCUGGCUCCUGGUCCCGGAAGCUGGUCUGGGUGGAAUUUGCACAUAACACCUUUCCCUGCGCCUCAACUGGUCUAACCCCCUUUCAGUGUGCAUAUGGUUUUCAACCACACCUGUUCCCAGCCCUGGAGGACGAGGUCCACGUCCCUUCGGCCCAUGCCUUGGUCUGUAGGUGUCGCCAGACGUGGCUGCGGGCCAGGAGGACCAUGCUUCAGGCCCAGGCGCUCUAUAAGGCCACGGCAGACCGUAAGAGAGCCCCGGGUCCAGCUUAUGAGGUCGGGGACCAAGUCUGGCUCUCAACCAGGGAUCUCCGCAUGCAAGGGCAACCGCGUAAGUUGGCACCAAAAUUCAUAGGGCCAUAUACAGUUGCCAAAAUCAUUAACCCCGUCUCGGUGAGACUGUCCCUGCCAAGGACUCUGAAGAUCCACCCAAUGUUUCAAGUAAGCUGACUCAAACCAUCGGUCAUGCCCCAUGGUUCCUCAGCACCAACCACCUCCGCCACCCCGGUUUGUGCAUUGCACUCCGGCAUCCAAGAGCUCCUCGACUGCAGGCGACAGGGAAGGGGUUUCCAGUACCUCGUGGACUGGGAGGGGUACAGUACACUCCUGGGUUCCAUCCCGGGACAUCUUGGACAAGUCCCUCAUCCAGGACUUUCACGCGGCGCAUCCUGAGGCUCCAGGGGGGAGCAACACAGCCCAGCCAGGCUCCGGCAGCGGCCGGGGGGUCUGGAUCUGGUCCCUUCUCCAGAAACCACCCUCCACCCGCCCUGGUCGGGGGGGGGGGGGGCUCUGUGGGCGCCGUUAUAGUGCCCUGGGGGUGGCAGCCUCACUUCCUCAUUACACACCUGUCUCAGAUUAGUCAUUACCCACCAGUAUUUAACCACCAUUAGUCAACACAGCCAGUUGCCAGAUUGUUAUGUUAGCCUGCUCCUCACUGGUACUGUAGCCGUGUCAAAUCAUUGCCAAACUCUUGCCAGUCCUUGAACCUGAUUCAGCCUGCUCCUUCUGUACCGUCACAUGAGAUAUAUUGUGUAUCACCUGGACCGUCUGUACCACGAUUAUUGGAUUAAACCUUGAUUUUACCACCUACUCUGUGUGUUCACACUGUGCGUCUGGGUCCGAUCUCUGCCUAAGCCUGAAAGCACCUGAGUGCCUGGACCCUUUAGAGCUGUUCCGUAAAGAGAACAGCUACUGCACAUAUUUUUGGUGGAUCAUGUUUUUUAAUCAUACAUCACUUAAAAUGGAAGCCCUACUGUAAAUACUAAACCACUAUUUUAGUAAUGAUGUUAAUAUUUCCACAUUUUAGCAUAUAGUAUAUAAUGAAGUCAGAUGUUUAAUCUGACUCCAAAUAUACAGAGAGUAAAUAUGACCUUUGACAAUAUCCAAAAUAGUGUCAUAGCGGGAGUGCUGAGUAUAAACUGAGAACCACUUACAGACAUCAUGUAACACAUACUUUGUGUUGGCAUGAUUAGAUACUUAGAAGUGAAUGAAGAUAAGCAUUGUAUUCAUCAACUGAUGGAGACGAGACAAGUGGGAAAAGGUGUGCAACACAUUCUAAGCCACCAUUAAGUUUUACCUUAGAGCUCACUGUGCAAAGUAAAGCUGCUGCUUUACAAUUGUAUUUAACAAUUGUAUUUAUAAAACUGAAUCUGGUAAAUAUAAAACAUAUACAACAACGCAACAGAAUCACAGAAAUAAGGAUACAAUGCAUGCACAGCUUCACUUUAAAGUUAAAUACGACAAGUGUGGGUGUUGUUUAUGAUAAAGUACAGUAUACAUUAUGGUGCUUGUAUUAAUGCAUCACAGAUGUUUUCAUCAUUUCACAAAAGUUCUAGAAACAAGGCUAUGUUUACGAGGUGGGAGCUGACAAAGUUAAUUUCCAGGUGAACAUGGUGACAAGCGGGAAAACUUUCUUAUUUUAUUAUGGUUGAGAAGCCUUGAUACGGAGGCUGGUCCACAGUUGACACUUUAUCAAUUUAGUAAACAACUCCCUCACUAUAAAACAGGACAUAAAAAAGAGAACAAUUUCACUGCACGGCCCUGUUUCUGAAGGUUUUUGACUCAAAGCUGAAUAAUAAUAAAUUAUAUAUUUGAUACAAAAAUGUUGUUUGAAAAGCAUGCACGUGGUCUGGACUGCAUGACCUACUGCUAAGUGGAGUUGCAUGAAGGUGUUAGGGAGGCCCUUGGUUGCUGUGAUGGUGGCCUUCAGCUUGUUUAAUUGUAUUUCUUGAUAAGGAAUAAAUCAGCUACUGUUUAAUCAUUCACUGAUAAUUUAACUUCUGUAACAGUCUUUAAUAUACUAUUUCCUCAAACAAUGUACAAAAUAAUUUUGUGAAAUAUACAAUCAAAUAAAAUUGCCUGGUUUUCUGCAUCA